UCCUGUGCUGCCUGUCAGUCAGUGAAGUUAUAGCACAAGAGAAAGAUCAGAAGAAACUUUGACACCUCGCGGAGGUGUUGGAUAAAAUCAGCCAUGGCGAGGUCAAAGGCGAUGGUGUACUGUUGCUGCGCACUGAUCCUGCUCUCUGUGAUUGCUGUGAUUGUGUAUAUAGUUGUUACUGUGAGCAGAUGUCCACCUGGCACUUUCUCCGAAGCUGCAGUGGCCACAGACUCUGGGGUCUGUUCACGGAUUGGACUAUGUCCACCUGGCACUUUCUCCGAAGCUGCAGUGGCCGCAGACUCUGGGGUCUGUUCACGGAUUGGACUGGACAUCAUUAAAAGUGGCGGCUCAGCGGUAGAUGGUGCCAUCGCCGCACUGCUGUGCACCUCCGUGAUAAACCCACAGAGUAAUGGCAUCGGUGGGGGGUCCAUAUUCACAGUGAUGGACAGCUCUGGUAAAGUGAAAGUCAUCAACUCCAGAGAGACCGUACCCAGGACCUUUAAACCGGACCUGCUGAGUUCCUGCAACGACAGCAGGACAGGAAGUGAGUGGAUUGGGGUCCCGGGUGAAAUUCGGGGCUAUGAAGAAGCUCACAGGCUUUAUGGGAAGCUGCCGUGGGCCAAACUCUUCGAGCCGACCAUCAAACUGGCCAGAGAAGGAUUUCCUAUCCCCAAAAUGCAGGGUCUACACAUCUUUGAAGUAAACAAAACCCAAGAACUACGAAAGUUUUACUCAGAUAAAGACGGGAACCUGCUGAAGACCGGCGACACUGUGAAGUUUGAGAAACUGGCCGACACUUUGGAGACGAUUGCGAAGGACGGGGCGGACGCUUUUUACUCGGGGAGAAUAGCGGAGGAUUUAAUCCGUGACGUCCAGGAGGCAGGAGGAAGUCUCACGCUGCAGGACCUGGCCGAGUAUAAUGUCACAGUGAGCGACGCCUUGGUUGUUCCUCUGGGAGAGUACCAGAUGCACAUCCCUCCACCGCCUGCAUCGGGCAUCCUCCUCAGCUUCAUCCUCAACAUCAUGAAAGGUUAUCAGCUGAAUCCGGCCUCUCUGAAGGGCGAUCAGAAGAUCCUCACCUAUCAUCGUUAUAUCGAAGCUUUAAGGUUCGCCAACGGAUUAAAGACACACAUCCGGGAUCCAAAGUUCACGUCGCCAGAAAUAGCCAAGAAAUUCAUAGAGGACAGUUUUGCCGACUACGUGCGGGGGAAGAUCAGCAGCAACCAGACUCACGAUCCGCAGUAUUACAACAUCACGCCGUACGUGGACAGCUUGGGAACCACACAUGUGUCUGUGCUGAUUAAGGACGGGUUGGCCGUGUCCGUCACCAGCACCAUCAACCACAUAUUCGGCUCAAAGAUCUUCUCUCCGAACACCGGAGUCAUCCUCAACAACCAGCUGGCCGACUUCUGCAAAACAGGCGAUAGAAUCUCUGCUGGGGAGAAGCCUUCCUCCUCCAUGGCCCCCACUGUGCUGAAGUCUCAGUCCAAGACGCUGGUGAUCGGAGGGGCCGGCAGAGGCAAGAUCGUGCCCGGGAUCGCCUCCGCGCUCAUGAACCACCUCUGGUUUGGAAAGAGCCUGGAGGAGGCGAUCGCCGCCCCCAUUGUUUAUGUCCUAGCUAAUAAUACAGUGGAGUUUGAAGCAGAGUUUGAUCAGGAUGUAAUCAAGGGUCUGAAAGCUCUGGGACACGAAGAUAAACAGGAAAGAACAUUCUACAACGUGGUCAACGCCGUGGAGAAGGACGGCUGCUGCAUCAGCGCUGCGUCCGAUGGCAGGAAACAGGGCGAAGCCGCCGGUUACUGAGACCCAGGAGCCAGCGGUUGGUGCUGGAUAACCGGCCUGAACUGUAACAGUGACUCUCUGUUCAGUGUGUUUGUAUAUGUGUGCUCAUCCUUACAUGGUGUGUCCUUUGUGUGCGCUCCAACUUCCCUUUUCUCUCAGCACCAGUCAUUUCCGGUUGCAAUAGGUGCCUUUUCAUCUAGUUACUCAACACUUCAACAUGAUUUCCUCUCUUGACCUUACUUUCCAUAGUUCUAUCUUACUACUAUGCAUUUAUACUCAUUAAUUAUCAAAUAAUCAGUUACAAUCAUAUAAUCACGUUUCCUUUCAUUGUUACAUAUUUCAUUUUGUAAUAUAGAAUCAACUUCAAUCAUUAUACAGCUUUUGGUUAUUAUAAACUCUGUGCAUUGCGUUAUUCAGAUGGAGAGUCCCUAAUGCUCCGUUGUUAUCUUUCUCCGUUUCUCCAUGGGAAGUCCUUUGCUUUCCAAAGUGGUUUUAGCGAAUCAGGGAUCUCAGCUUACUUGACAACUGACAGGAUUAAAUCCUGAAUAGUAAGUAGCAAGUACAUUUACUAUACUGAUUUUGGUGUACUCAGCUAUAUGGUAACUAUUACUGUGGUUUCUCGUUACUUCGCAGAUUAAAAACAGAUGAUCAACAAAUAAAAUAUCAUGGAUUUGUAAUAGAUUUAACUUCCUAACAGUAUAUAAAGUAAAGCUGCAAGAAGUCGUUUAAUAGAUCAGUUGUCAACUAUUUUGAUUAUUGAUAAUCCAUUAAAAUAAAAGAAAUUCUGCAAAAAAAGGGAAAUAUGUUCAGUUUUUCACUGGAUCAUUUUGUGAAACUUAAUUGAUUUACUUUAUGUCAUAUGUUUAUAUUGUAUUUUUUUUUUCUAUAAUUUUUUACACUGUUUUUGCACUGCUAUUGGAGUUGGCUUUUUAAUCUCAUUGUACAUGUGUAUAGUGACAAUAAAGGCAUUCUACUGCUGGCGUGAA